ACCGACUUCCGCUUCCGGUGUCAGCGCUGUAGUUGUGGGGUUGCGCAUGCGUGUUGUUCUUUGCCGGAACGCAUGCUGAUGAAAUAGUGCGGCGUGAGCUGAAGGAGCCCGCCCGGUGCCAACGUUCUGUUUGAUCGUAGGGAACAUCAGCCAACAGGAUGCCUGCGUUAAGCUGUAGAUUUUACCAACACAAGUUCCCGGAAGUGGACGAUGUUGUCAUGGUGAACGUCCGGUCCAUAGCCGAGAUGGGGGCUUACGUCAGCCUCUUGGAAUAUAACAACAUUGAGGGCAUGAUCCUGCUCAGCGAGCUGUCUAGGAGGCGCAUCCGAUCUAUCAACAAACUUAUUAGAAUUGGCAGGAACGAGUGCGUUGUGGUGAUCAGGGUGGAUAAAGAUAAAGGAUAUAUAGACUUAUCCAAAAGAAGAGUUUCACCAGAGGAAGCCCUAAAGUGUGAAGAUAAGUUCACCAAAUCUAAAACCGUUUACAGUAUUCUGCGGCACGUGGCGGAGGUGCUGGAAUACACGAAGGAUGAACAGCUGGAGAGUCUCUACCAGAGGACAGCUUGGGUGUUUGAUGAAAAGUACAAGAAACCGGGAUACGGAGCCUAUGAUGCAUUUAAACACGCAGUCUCUGACCCAGAUGUUCUUGAUGGGCUGGACUUAAAUGAAGAUGAGAGACGUGUUCUUAUUGAUAACAUAAACAGGCGCCUGACCCCACAAGCAGUGAAGAUCCGAGCAGAUAUUGAAGUGGCAUGCUAUGGGUAUGAAGGCAUUGAUGCUGUAAAAGAUGCACUGAGAGCAGGGCUGAGUUGUUCCACAGAGAACAUGCCAAUUAAGAUAAAUCUGAUUGCUCCUCCUCGGUACGUGAUGACCACUACUACCCUGGAGAGGACAGAAGGGCUUUCUGUGCUCAACCAAGCAAUGUCCGUCAUUAAAGAGAGAAUUGAAGAGAAGAGAGGUGUAUUUAACGUCCAGAUGGAGCCCAAGGUGGUCACAGAUACAGAUGAAACAGAGCUUGCACGGCAGCUCGAGAGACUGGAGAAAGAGAAUGCAGAGGUGGAUGGAGAUGAUGAUGCUGAGGAGAUGGAGGCAAAAACUGAAGAUUAAACUGAGAAAACAGCAAUUUAAAAACCAUUUUAUUGUUUUUGGAUAAAAGAAAUUCAAGUCACAAACACGGACUUCAAGGCCAUUUUCGUUUGCCCAAAAUGCUAAACUCUGAAUAUCUUCCACUUUCUAACCUCUACAAUUCAGUCUGUAUAUGCGGAAAAUCUUUAAAUUAAGCCCAAUACCCACUUGCUUAAUUUACUCCAACGGAGAAUUGGACAACGCCAAGGUGCGCAUGAAUUUUUAACAGCUGCAAACACAUCCAAUCCAUACAACGUUCUCUUUGGUCAGUGGAAGAGUUGGCUCGGCUAAUCAGAUCUGUAUUAGAAGAGCUGAUUUAUUAAAUCAGCGAGUGUAUUCUCACUUGGGACUCAAAGCGAUCAGAGCCCUACUGCUCUUUGAUAACAAUCAAUGCCCUUCUAUACUUACUCUUAGCUUGUAUUACUAUAUAUCAUAUAUAUAUAUACGGAACAGCAUUUAUACCAGUCAGUUCAGUCUCAAGUGAAAAUACACUUCAAAGAUGUUUGCUUUGUAAAAGGGGUAUCCAGUCUGUGGAUUUUCAGAAGUUAUGGAAUCAUACCCACCAGCAAUUAUUGCUGUGAGUUCUAGCUCAGCCAGUGCUGGUGGAGAGGCAGCUGGGAUACCAUUGCUUAGACACUUACACUUAACUUGCCUUCUUUACUUUAUUCUUGUGCAAUAGAUCUCUGGGUCAUGCCGUACACAGCAAAGAGAUUUGUUGCUGGACUUGCCUUUUAUUUCCAGAAAACAAUGCAAAAACAGAUAAAAAUGGUUGAAUAUUUUUAUUAUCAUUCCCAACAUGUGUUCAAGUUACAGUGCUUUCUGUGAGAAACCAAUAAAAUCCAAGAUAUUUACA